AAUAAAUACAGAGAGAAUCUGAGGACUCUUAUUUCACUUCUCUAUAUAAACUUCAUGUUUACGGGGUACUGAGACACAUGGCCAACUUUAUCUUAAUAAUAACUCCUUUUAUCUCUUAAAAUAAAAAAGCAGUAGAAACUGACAGACUUGCCCAAUGAUCUAACUAGAUAAUUUUUUAAUCUAGAUGACAUAAAAGCAAAAACCAUUUUCAUUGUUACAGUACUUCACAAACUGCUCAAGAAACCUGAUAACUGUAUUUCUGCUGGGUUUUCUUCACCAAAAAAAAAAAAAAACCCACCCAAAAAACCCAAAACGAACUUCCAUAUGAAAAAUUAAAACUGCUAGGCAAUCCACAUGAAUAGAAUCAUACAAUGAUUUGGGUUGGAAGGGACUUUAAAGAUCAUCUAGUUCCAACCCCCCUGCCACGGUGCGGGGGGUUACACAAUACUAAUUUUAACUGCUUGGAUGGCGAAACCAUUGAAGGGAGCUGGUAAAUGCUGUUGAAUUGAGGAGACCUUAACCCAAUUAUUUUUGAAUGGCGUGUGAAUGCUGCAGGCGGGGAUGCCAUUAUUAAAUGGCAUUUGCUGUUUUAUAAAAAAAUACCCCAUACCCAGGAGACUCCCCAGUGCUGGCCAAUGGGAAAUUACCAUACAUCAUGUCGCCAGCGGCUUGGAUUUAUGUCUUUUAGGGUGACAUACUAUUGGCUGCUAGUUAGGCUUUAUGGGAGGGAUUACUGGCACCGUUUGUGGCUUCCCCUUCAGGUCCUUAUUUGGUAGCUGUUGAUAGAGCAAGUCUUUCCAGCAGCUGAGCAUCUUGACAUACAUUAUUCAUUAAGUGCUGGUGUUCAGGAAAUAUGCAUAUCCCUAGCUCUUCAGAUAUUUCUUCAGCUCAUACAAUAUGUCUCUUCAACGUUGCUUCUGAAUGCUUGGAGUUUUACAAAUGGCAUUUGUACAAUCGGAAGACCACGCGGUUGGAUUUCAUUUCGGUGUACCUCCUGUGCACACAGUUGCUGAGAACCUGAAGAUCAGCAACGAGAAUUAGAGAGAAAAGAAGGAAUAUUUCUUCUUGGAAGUCUUUUGCAGUAUCAGCAAAGAACUGAUUAGCUUAGAUUGGUAGUAUAGGAAAAACAAAAAAAAAUCAAAAAUGCCUGAGGCAAAUUAUUUGCUCUCGGUUUCCUGGGGCUACAUAAAGUUCAAGAGAAUGCUGAACCGGGAGCUAACCCAUCUAUCUGAAAUGAGCAGGUCAGGCAAUCAGGUCUCAGAAUACAUAUCGAACACUUUCUUAGACAAACAACAUGAAGUUGAAAUCCCAUCUCCGACACAGAAGGAGAAAGAGAAAAAGAAGAGGCCAAUGUCCCAGAUCAGUGGAGUCAAAAAGCUCAUGCACAGCACCAGCCUAACUAAUUCCAGUAUUCCCCGAUUUGGAGUUAAAACAGACCAUGAAGAGAGUCUUGCCAAGGAACUAGAAGAUGUGAAUAAAUGGGGCCUUCAGGUUUUCAGAGUAGCAGAGUUAUCUGGAAACAGACCUUUGACAGUCAUCAUGCAUACCAUUUUUCAGGAACGGGACUUGUUAAAAACAUUUAAGAUUCCAGUGGAUACUUUAAUAACUUACUUAAUGACCCUUGAAGACCAUUACCAUUCAGAUGUGGCAUAUCACAACAACAUACAUGCUGCAGAUGUUGUUCAGUCAACCCAUGUCCUGCUAUCAACUCCGGCAUUAGAGGCAGUGUUCACUGAUCUGGAGAUUCUUGCAGCAAUUUUUGCCAGUGCGAUACAUGAUGUAGAUCAUCCUGGAGUUUCAAACCAGUUUCUUAUCAACACAAAUUCUGAACUCGCCUUGAUGUACAAUGACUCAUCGGUACUGGAGAAUCAUCACUUAGCUGUGGGCUUCAAGCUGCUGCAGGAAGAAAAUUGUGACAUUUUCCAGAAUUUGAGCAAAAAACAGAGGCAAUCAUUGAGGAAAAUGGUCAUUGACAUUGUACUUGCAACAGACAUGUCUAAGCAUAUGAAUCUGUUGGCUGAUUUAAAAACUAUGGUUGAAACCAAAAAAGUGACCAGUUCUGGUGUCCUACUUCUUGAUAACUAUUCAGACAGAAUUCAGGUUCUUCAGAAUAUGGUGCACUGUGCAGAUCUAAGCAAUCCAACUAAGCCACUCGAUCUCUACCGCCAAUGGACAGAUAGAAUUAUGGAGGAAUUUUUUCGUCAGGGAGAUCGGGAAAGAGAGAGGGGAAUGGAGAUAAGUCCCAUGUGUGAUAAGCACAAUGCAUCUGUAGAAAAAUCACAGGUGGGGUUUAUAGACUAUAUUGUUCAUCCUCUGUGGGAGACAUGGGCAGAUCUUGUUCACCCCGAUGCCCAGGAAAUCUUAGAUACACUGGAGGACAAUCGAGAAUGGUACCAGAGCACAAUCCCUCAAAGUCCCUCUCCUGCAGCUGAUGACCAGGAAGAGGGUAAGCAGAGCCAAACUGAAAAAUUCCAGUUUGAACUAACACUGGAGGAAGACGGUGAGUCAGACACGGAAAAGGACAGUGGAAGUCAAGUAGAAGAAGACACCAGUUGCAGUGACUCCAAGACUCUUUGCACCCAGGAUUCAGAAUCCACUGAAAUUCCUCUUGAUGAACAAGUAGGGGAAGAAGUAGAAGAGGAGGAGAACCAGACAGAACCUUGUGUGGUAGAAGACCAUACUCCUAACACGUAACAAGGAGGACGCGGUCUCUUUCUCUCUUGCUCUCUCCCUUUCUUGUCUUUUCACUCACUUUUUUUAUUUUCUUUUUUCUCUUUUUUUUUUUUUUUUUUUUUUUUUAAAUUGUGUAAUGGUUUCUGGAAUGUCAUCAUUAGCCUAUGUCAUACCACAUAGACUACAGUCAUAGUCAUAACUCACUGUCAUCUGCCAGGACGUUUGUUGAUCAAAACUGAUGUUGAUGAUUCAGUUUGGCACUCAGGAAUAUUGAAACAGAAAUUUUCACCUGCAUGGCAUCAGAAAGCAGGAAGGAGAACAUCCAUAAACUACAUCUUCAUAAGCUCUCCAUUUGGCAGGUAGGAUUAAAUAAAGCAAAUGUUUUCAGAGGAGUAGCAACUGUCAACUGAAUGCUGAUAUGCUUUGAUAGUUUUUGAAUUCAAGCAAAGCAUUGGAUAAUGUUUCUCAUGAAAGGAAAGAGACAAAAAAUAAACUGAGGUUCCUACUGGAAAACAAAUGACAUAAAUAAUGAGACACAACAUGAUUCUGUUACCAACAGGAAGAUGAGCUAUGAAAAUUGCAAAAUUUUAAUUUUGUAAUUUCGAAUCUUCCUGAUUGUGAUCGAAAAAAGUGUGACCCAGUGGGUUGCACUAACCUCUGCAUUUUGUAUAUUAUGUAAAAGAGAGGUCUUUUGUAGAGCUUACUUUUAUUAUUAAUUUUACUGAGGUAUUAUAUUUAAAGAAAAACACUUUCAGACUUCAUCUGCCACUGGUUUUUUGUUGAGUUUUUUUGUUUGUUUUUGUUUUGUUGGGUUUCUUUUCGUUUAUUUUUGGUUUUGUUUUUGGUUUUUGGGGUUUUUUUUUCCCCACAAAGAGUAACUUGCGAGUUUUCAGUACAAGUCUGUGCUACACUGGAUAAUACUUCUAGGUUUUACUCGUUUCCUUAUUUUUUUUGCACCUUAGACUCUCAUGGUAAUAUUCAGCUGUAAAAGUAUUUUAUGUAUUAGUGAAUUCCAUGAAUAUCCUUUGUUACAUAAAACUCUUUCAGUAUGAUAGCUUUUUUUGUAUGUUUGCUUUUCAUGACAUUUUUCCCAAAUGUAUUAGAGGAACUCAUGUUUUGAUUUUGCCCUUGUAGUGGCCUGAUCCUGCCGAUUCUGUCUUCUUACAACAAGUGGUCCCAGCAAAACUAAUUUGGACCACUAAGACUAGGAUUUGCAGGACUAGAGCCCUAGUCCUGCAGGUAAGGCGGACUUAGAAAAGGAUGGUGAUGAAUUGUCAUCUUAAUACAAAAGCAGCUCUUCUGCUGUAAAAAUUUGUCCCUCUGAAAAAUGGUUCCCAGACUGUUUUUGGCUGGGAACUAUAGACUGCUAGAUCAGAACAGGCUAAUACAGUGUAUGGGAUAUUUAUUCUGGGAAAAAAAGCAUUAGUGUAAUAUUUCAAAUUUUGACUCGGUCUUAACUUUUUAUGUGUUAAUAAUCUUGUAAACCAUUUGCUAAUCUGAGAUCUGUACAACAUAAUAGUAAUGAUAGCAUUAUUUUUUCAUGUCUGCCUUGCAAGAAGAGCCAGGUCAGUCUUGUCUUUUUAUGUUUUUAAGUAAUGAGUAAAGGCAUCAGGAGAGUUGUUUACUCCACAUUAUUUCAAUCUAUCUCAGACCUUUUCAUCCUUUACCCAGUUUGUGCUGAGGGAAUCCUGCUUUUCAGUUUGAUUGGUACUGAAAGCUUCUGUAACUUGGAAAGUUAAAGAGAGGUAGGAGUUCAUAUUUGUCAUUUUCCAGUCCUGUUGUUUGAUCACAUGAAAGAAGAAGGAAUUGUAUUUCCUCCACUUGUAGGUUUGAAUAUAUAAGACGGGAAAUAGUAGCCUAGGAAAGCUAUCAGCCUCCUACUCUUUAAAAUUCUGGUAAAAUGUUAACAUCAAGAUGAUUUCUUAACAAAAGAAGAUAACAACAGCCAUUAUUUCUCCUUUGGAUUCAUUUUGUAGUAAGUUAGCAGAUAUGAAUAUGGGGGAAGGGGGCUUAAGUGUCUGAGAUCUAGAAUAAAAAUUAUUGGUUAAUAAUUUAGCUUUUAAAUGUAUUUUGCAUUCUUCUAUAUCCAGGUCAUAGUUUCUUUAGCCCUCACAGGGCUUUAGCACAGAAGAUACUGAAGGAGGAAAGAGAAUAAAGAGAACUCAUAGUUUUUUUUCAGUUUUUGACUUUUCUUCAUCAUUUCUUCCUGAACCCAAUCCAUCUAAAAGUUAUUUCAGUCCCCAAGAGUGCCUGGAACCUUAAUAAUGGAAAAGCAAUAUGAAUUCUGAAAUAACCAAUAGGGACCUGAAGACACUUUGUAUCUGCACUAAUUGAAAGUAAAUGAAGAGAAUGACGUCAUAUUGUGAGAUACGCAUCCAUGUAUAUGGACAAUCGUAGAAAAGAUAACAUUUCUUAGAACUGGGGAUAUAAUGCAUUGUACAAUCUUUUUCCUCUUUUGCCAAAGUGUGUUUUAGCAUUGUACACUGCUUUAAAACAAAACAAUUUACAAGUGGCUUUAUGUGUUUUGAAUAUUUUCGCCAUUAAAAAAAAUGCAGUGAGUAGCUAUUGAAUGUGUGUGUGGGAAGAAAAUUCACCUUGCUUGUAACAGUACACUUUAGCUUGCAAGUUACUGUACUUAAUAAUGCUGUAUUUGAAUUCUUAAAUUGUUUUGUGUUAUUAAAAAUGAUAAUGAAAGAAUAUAAAUAGAACAAAUAGCAUUCAGAAGUUUAAAACACUUGACUGAAUUGGAUUUUACAGGAAGCUUUGACAGUUCUUUCUAAACGCAUUAUUUAUUUUAUUUGUGCCAUGCGUUUUUCUCACCAAAUGACCUUACCUGUAAUACAGUCUUGUUUGUCUGUUUACAACCAUGUAUUUAUUGUAAUGUACAUACUGUAAUGUUAAAUGUAAAUUAUCAGUUCUUACUAUAACAUCGUCCUUCUCUGGAUGGUGUUGCUAUCUUUGGAAACUCUUGGCGAGAGAAUGAUAAUUGUGUAUACAUAUUCCCUUUUUUUUUUUCUCCUUAAUAUAUUCGAUGUCACCUUAGAGCUUGUUUAUGGAAGAUUCAAGAAAAGUAUAAAAUACGUAAAGAUAUAUCAAUUAAAAAAGCUGCAGGUCUUUGGUCCCAGGGCUGUGCCUUAACUUUAAAGAAUAUUUUCCUUCUGUUUGCUGCAUUUGAAAGUAAGGUAGCCAUGGGGCUAGGGCUGGGCAUUUCUACCAUAUUUUUAGUUCCUAACUGAUGGGGUUACUAGUACAAGCUAAUAUGCAUGAUGCUACAAUGAACUUUCAUUCAAGAGUCUACUGGAACUUCAAGGUUUUCCAGACAUCUGGCAAUAUAAUUGUAUUGCCUCUCUGAUUAUCUUUUUACAGCCUAUCACUGGGGAUAACUGCAACCAGUUUUUGCUCCUUAAAAAAAGUAAAAAUUGAUGCUGUAUUCAGUACUGAAUUUCACUGAAACAGCUUUGGAAAGAUCUCUAAAAAACACUUGAUUUUAAUGCAUAAGGGUAAAACUCAUACACUUUUACAAUCAUCUGUAAUAUCCCUUUUUAUUUAGUAGCACAAAUUAUCACGUAUACACAGAAUCCAUAAAGUAGAACAAAAGACAGCUUUAAUUUUCAAAAUACUUUCCAACACCAAUAUUAGUGUUAAAGCAGCCAAAGUUUUAUUAUAUAUAAAUAUAUCUAAGGCUUUGUUCAGGUGUGUAGAGCAUAAUGCACUCAGAUCUACAGGAGUGUGGUAAACCUUUAGAUCUUUUAAUAACACUAGUAUAAGGUUUCCGGGUUGGACUGAGCAUCUUUUGCUGUUUGACUUGUCAUAUUGCUUCAGAGUACUUGGAGCUGAUGACUUUGUCAGAGUGAGGUUAACACCUUUCCUCCAUUCCAGCGAUGCCCAGCCUUUGUAGCAUGCAACUUCUUUGGGAAAGGAGAGAGUCUUUUUCAGUGAAAAACAAAGCCUCCUUUUGGACACAAACUGUAGAUUUAGCAGCCCUGGCCCAAAGGAAGUCGAUUGCUUAUGUUUAAAAUGGUAUAAAAGGGAUACUGCAACAACAGAAAUCCUGAACAAUUUUUUUGUUACUGUUAUAAUUUCAUUCUUUGGGGAUGUCUUGAGAGUGGCAACUUGUGUGAACAUUGCACAUGACUAUUCUUUCACUGGUUUCUUAGCCUCUCUACAGCAUAGGGGAUAGUAAUGUACAUCAGUACCUUCAUAUGAAAUUUUAUAUGCAAUGGAAAUAAAAGCAUGGAUUGAUUCUGCCUA